AUGGAAGGUAUACUAAGUAUUGAUAUAAAUGUAAUGAAGGAAGGCGGUAUGAGGGCACGAGAAAGCCCAGAGGAGAGAGAGGAAAGUGAGCCAGUGACAAAACGCAAACGGAUAAGCAAUAUGACUGCUCCGCCAGUGCUGGAGUGUAUUUAUCAGUACCCGGAUCAGAAACAGAUGGAAACUAUACUCAGUAACAUGAUGAAUGAACUCACAAAGGUUCAAAACCGGAGCCACGACCAUAACAUCAAACAUAAACUCGAGCAGUUCUUAAGAGACGAGAUAUUACGCGCGCGAGGUGACCAGUUGGUCAUGCUCUGCGACUAUUUCCAAAUCUGCUACGGCGAUCUUCUCUGA